AUGCUUGGGAUUGAAGACUAUGGCAGCGACAACGACAGCGAUGCUGGCCAACCCUGCCCACUAAAGCCCACCCCGCUGUCUUCUGUACCUGCUGCGAAACCCCCAUCAAGCGUGAAACCUCAACGUGCACCAAAGAAAAUCACCAUAACGUUGCCCGCACUCUCUUCUUCUAAAGAAAGUGAACCAGAAAUCAGUGAAGCCGAAAGACCUGCAAAGAAACGCAAGACAGGAGCAGGUAGUUCGUCACUGCUUUCUCUGCUGCCAGUCCCUAAGCAAGCCAACCCUACACCUCAGCCGCAACGCGUCCUCAGUGGUGGAUCAGGACCUGGGCUCAAUUUCCAUGCACCAUCCUACUCUCGGAAUAGCAUUGGAAGUACAGAUGAUCACGCGGAACACAUUACCCCGAUACUUGGAAACGACGCAACCCCGGAGCAGGAAGAAACUUCAGAAGCCUCGUCGAGCACCUUGUUUCGACCCACAUCGCUCGCAAAAGGGAGGAAGAACAUAUCUGUCGAGGAGACUAGUGUCACACCGAUCGCACAAUCUUCCGUCCAAAAGACUACAUCGUCUGCCCCAGCAGUUGACUUCUUUUCUUUAGUUUCAACUAGUACGAGUACGCCUGGAAGCGCUCCCCCCACUGUUGCUUCGUCCUCCACUACUUCAGCUACUUCUUCUGCUCCAGCAAUCCCGACGUUUGAACCACCCCAGCCAACUCCUACGGAUCCAUAUCCAGGCUAUUACCAACUGCCAUCUGGAGCGUGGGCCGCAUAUGACGCUGAAUACUAUGGGAAGUUCAUGAAGAAAUGGCAGAAGGAUUACAACGAUCACGUUCGAGCACUGGAGAAGGGCACAGCCAAGGGGUUCGAAGGCCUUCAAGAUGCUGCUGUUGAAGAGAUCGACGCCUUGAAGGAGAUGGAGAAAACUAAGAAGGAAAUUCAAGACAGAGAGGAAAAGAAAGCGGUGACAAUGGGCGCGGGCGGAGGUCCUGCAGUCCCCAGGAUGAAUAUUAAUGCAAGCAAGCUGAGCGGAAUCGCUCGCUCGAGGCAUCAACUCUCCACAUUGCUGAAGGAGGCGUACGAAAACAGAGAAGCACUUGAGGAGAGGAUUGCGCAAGGGAAGAGAAAUCGCAAAGAAGCUGGCAACAAAUACGGCUUCUAA